UCGCGGGUGUUUUUGGAACCAAUUCUCCGCGCUAAACGAGGGAUUACUGUAGUUGGAAAGCCUUACCCAUUUUUAAAACCCUAAAUUGAAAACCCAACCCUAAUUUAAACCCCCAAUUGAAUCAGGAUUUCGGAUUCAUACUUUGAAUCAAAUCCUACUUCGAUUGUGCAAGUGUACUUAAUAGUAAAUGUUGAAUAAAACUCCCCCCCCCUCUUGUUUGGUUGCUUCCCACCCCUUCAUUCGGCCUGUCCAAUAGGAACACCGGAGUCUUCGGCAUGGGCCAAUCAGCGACGAGGGAUGCUAUAGAAUGGAAGUUUUUGAGUUUGUGAUAGAUGGAGUGUAAAGAGAGUCGGCGUGAGACGGACUGGACUUGAAAUGCGCAAAUGGAUGGGAAAAGUACACCGGCAGAGUCAAAUGUCUUCAUUUUGUUUUCUCUAAUCAGGCUGGAAUGCUUGUAAAAAGUCGGAAAUAAGGAAAUCUUUCUCUCUCGCUCUCUCUCUCCACCCCCCAAGUGUGCGUCGAGGAGCUUGGCAGGUGUUCGCUCGCGAGGGAGCUGCUCGCUUCACUCAGUCUGCGCCCUGAGCUUCAACAGGGUGCCAGCGGGGCUGCGAAAGGAACCGCCAACUUUGAGGACCACAACCCCCGAUAAGAGUUGACGGAACCCCGGAAGAUAUUUACUACUGGCGGGUAAGCAACGGAGUACCGCGAAUGGACUGGCUGGUCCCGGGUAAGACGUCGGUGGCGGCGGCAAAAGGGCAACCGUGACGCAGUGGAAGAGCACGGAUACCCAGUGGUCCUUCCUCCGUUUCACAACCAACUUUUUGCCGCGUUGCUAUAAACUCUUUCCCGUGUCCUAAAAGAUUAAAGCACCAGACUGUGAACUAAAGAGCACAAACAAGGUAUUUAAUCGUUCUCUUCUGGUUUUACGCUAACCUGUUGUGCCACCGGCGGUGCCCGCCGCAUUUACCCGAGGAAGGCGACCCAUCAGCGGGGAGAGUAAAGCGUCUCGCUACCACCAGCUGCUCACUAACUAGGAGUGUAGUUGGGAGUACUAACUAAGCGGUUUAGUAAGACUGGUCCACAUAUUUCCACACUUGGAGUAUUUGAACUCAUCGAAUCAAUUACGGAAUUGAUCCCCGGAGAGCGGCUUAAUUUGGGCAGAAUUUACGUGAUCGCUGCUGGUUUUCACAGCAAAUCUCGGACAAAGUGGGAUUGGAGAUCGAUAGUGGAGAGUAAGCCGAUAAGUCAAAAAAAAAAAAAAAAAAAAAUCCCCCCUAACACUCAAAUGUAAUAAUUCAGCACGCAGAUCAGCCAUGUACACCGGCCGGGCGAUGGAAGACGCGGACUCCGCCACAGCACGUCCACAUCGCCGGGUGUUCUAGCCGUGAAGUCUCCCUGGCUCCGCUCCUUCCACCCCAAGCUGACUUUUGAACGCCAAGACCGACUGAAGUCAUCAGCCGUGAGCCGCAUCAGAACUUUGGGAUCUGGGAAUUGGGACUUACCUUCCCGGGAGUGAACAGUGUUGCCUGAGGCUCCCCUAUGUUGGGAUUUUGCCGGUUCGGAAGCCUUCCGGAGGUCAUGGAGGGAUUCUCUCUCGGCAGUGUGAGGAUGAUGCUGAGAAGCCGGCAGGCUCCUGUCUUGCUCCUGCUGCUCCUACUCGGAUGCAACUACCACAUGUUGCACGGCCAAGAGGUGGCGCCCUACCUGCGAGGGGUCGGCCUGGAGCAACAAGUGGUGCUGGAGGGAAACAGACUGGUGCUGACCUGCUUGGCUGGAGGCAGUUGGCCGCUGCAGUACCGCUGGUCUCUCAACAGCAGCAACAUCACCGACUGGACGCCGCAGUACAGGUUAUUUGUGCCGUCGCUGCAGAGGACAGACGCCGGAUUGUAUCAAUGCACUGUGAGGAACAGGAUGGGCGCCAUCAUACACGGAAGAACAGAGGUGCAAGUGGCCUUUAUGGGGAGGUUCUCAGGCCAAGAGCAGAGAACGACGGUGAGCCAAGGCCAGGCCGCCAUCCUCAGCCCGCCUCCCUUGGCGUCCUUCCCUCAGCCCUUGGCAACUUGGUACAAAGAUGGACACAAGAUUAUUCCCAACCACCGAAUUGCCAUCGCCUUGGAUAAUCAGCUGGUCGUCCUGGCAACCACCACAGCCGAUGCGGGACGUUACCACGCGGAGGCCGUGAAUGAAAUGACGGGCGAUAAUGUCACCAGUCCCGCUGUCUAUUUGAGCAUCUCGGUUGGCAAGAAGAGCCGAGGGUCAACAGAUUUGGAGUCAGACGUUGACGCUCCGGCUAUUGUGAUCGGACCUACAGACACGACAGUGUUGGCAGGGACCAAGGCCACCUUGGAAUGCAUCGCCAAUGCCAGAGAUGUAGACAGCUUGCUUGUAGUAUGGAAACGGGAUGGGCGCCACUUGGCCAGUGGGCGUCAGCUGGUGAUUCCCGUCCCGACCUCCUCGGACGGCGGCGAGUAUGUUUGCGAAGCGCUGCUCGACAACAGCACCGCCAAAGUUGCCCAGGCCAGGGCGCACCUCACUGUCAUUGAGCCACCAUCUUUGACCGCUCAGCCCCAGUUGAAGAUCAUUGCUCAGAUUGACAAAAAUGUAGAAAUUCCUUGCUUGGCCACGGGUGUGCCUCCGCCCAGAUUGGAAUGGUACAAAGACGCCGUGCCUCUCUCCAAGCUAGCCAACCCUCGCUACAAGGUCACGAGCGCGGCGGGCCUGACGGUGCGGCGAGUGCAGCCGGGGGACGGCGGGAUAUUCCAAUGCUUCGCCCGCAACGCCGCCGGAGAGACGCAAGCUCACACGCAGCUCCUCGUUUCCAAUGCGCCUCCGACCUUCACCGAGCGCCCAUCCGACAAAACCGUGACUGAAGGGAACACCGCCUUGUUUAUAUGCCAGACGAGUGGCGCGCCAAAGCCUGGCAUCACCUGGAGGAAAGGAUUGCAGGUGUUAGCGAGCGGUUCCGUGCAGGUUCCCAGGUUCACACUCUUGCAGUCGGGCAGUCUGCAGGUUCAACCUGUCAGCUUUCAGGAUUCGGGAGAAUACACCUGCUUCGCUUCCAAUUCGGAGAAGACCAUUAAUGCCACGGCAAAGCUCACUGUCUUGAGUCGCACCAUCAUCUCUGUCCCCCCGUCCGAGCUACGUGUAAUCAAAGGCACCACGGCUUUUUUGGCCUGCAAUGCAACACAUGACCCGAGAGUCAACGUCAGCUUCAAAUGGGAGCGAGGAGGUGCGCCCAUCUUGACCACCAGCGGGGGGCGUGUCUCCGUACGCCAAGGCUCCCUCACCAUUGGCCAGACUUGGUCAGGUGACAUCGGGGAUUACACCUGCACUGUGAUCUCGCGGGCUGGCAACGAUUCUCGCUCCGCUCGCCUGGAAGUCAUCGAGUUGCCACACUCUCCUCGCUCCUUGGCGGCGCGUCUCAACGACUCUGACUCACGUUCGGUCCUGCUCUCCUGGCUUCGUCCUUUCGACGGCAACUCUCCGCUACUCUACUAUCUGUUGGAGCUCUCGGAGAACAACUCUCCAUGGAAGGUCUACCUGUCCGAGGUGGACCCCACAGUGACCAACAUAUCAGUGGGAGGGCUCACCCCUGCCCGGACUUAUCAGUUCCGACUUUGCGCUGUCAACCACGUGGGCCGGGGUCAGUACAGCGCCGAGACGCAGCGGUUGAUGCUGAGAGAAGAAGCGCCAAGUGCCCCCCCGAAGAACAUUGUGGCAAGCGGGCGAACAAACCAGUCCAUUAUGGUCCAGUGGCAGCCUCCUCCAGAAUCGCAGCUCAAUGGAGUCCUCAGAGGAUAUAUGCUCAGGUACCGUCUAGCGGGCCUUCCAGGUGACUACCAAGAGAAGAACAUCAGCAGUCCGGAGACCAACUACUGUUUGCUAAAGGAGCUGAUCAUCUGGACCCAGUACCAGAUCCAAGUGGCUGCCUAUACUGGCGCCGGCCUGGGCGUCUACAGCAGUCCUGUUAACGAAUACACACUGCAAGGAGUUCCCACAGCUCCACCGCAGGAAGUGGAAGUAGUCGCGAUCAACUCCACCACCAUCCGCUUCACGUGGAAUCCGCCACCUCAGCAGUUCAUCAACGGCAUCAACCAGGGUUACAAGCUGCUGGUCUGGCCCGAACAAGCUCCGGAGGAUGUCACCGUGGUAACCAUCACCCCGGAUUACCCCAGCUCGCGUCACACGGGCCUGGUCGGUGCACUGAAGAAAUUCACCUGGUACUUUGCCUCUAUCCUGUGCUUCACAACACCUGGAGACGGCCCACGCAGCCCACCCACCAUGCUCCAAACACAUGAGGACACACCUGGGCCAGUCCGCCAUUUGAGUUUCACCAAAAUCUUGGACACGUCUGUGCAAGUCAGCUGGGCGGAGCCUGAAGAAAAGAACGGCAUUGUUACCGGCUAUACGCUGUGGUGGGAGGUGUUUGGCGUGCAGUCCAGGCGUGAAGAACGAGCUCUGUCCAACUCUACGCUGCAGUACCAACUCACGGGCCUCACCUCCACCACCACCUACACGUUGAAGGUGGCCGCGCUCACCGCUGCCGGACGGGGCGUGGUCACGUCGGCCAAUAUCUCCACGGGCGUCCCUCCAGAACUUCCUGGCGCUCCCUCCAACUUGGUCAUCUCCAACAUCAGCCCUCGGACCGUGACCCUGCGCUUCCGACUCGGUUCUGACGGCAAGACGGCCAUCUCGCGAUGGAUCGUUGAAGGCCAGGUGGUGAAGGAGGACGGCGCCGAGGACGCCUGGAGGGUUGUUUACCAGCUGGACAACCAGGCGGGCGUUGACAGUUUGGAGAUCCCCAACCUCACUCCCUUCACUCAGUAUAGGUUUCGGAUGCAGCAGGUGAACAUCGUGGGCUCCAGUCCCCUUAGCAGCCCCUCCAGGCUGAUCCAAACCUUACAGGCGGCCCCUGACACGCACCCGUCCAACCUCACCGUGUUGUCUCCGACACAGAGCGCCCUUUGCUUCAGGUGGAAGCCUCUCCCCGAGUCCGAGUACAACGGCAGCCCGGAGACGGUGGGCUACCGGCUUCGCGUGCGCAGAACAGACGGCCUGGCUGAGGAUCGGACUGUGGAGGUAGAGGGGGUCACGGGUGAGGUCACCGUCGAGGGCCUGGACCCAUGGACGCACUACCGGACCCGGAUACAAGCCUAUAACUCCAUUGGACCUGGCCCGUGGAGUGACGGAGUCUCCGCUCGCACGGCUGAAUCUGUCCCAUCAGGAUCUCCCGUCAACGUGACUGCCGAUGCCGUGAGUUCCACCAAGAUUCUGCUCACGUGGUCUCCUGUCCCUCAGGAGAGGCGGAAUGGGGCAAUCCUCGGUUACAAGGUGUUGUACUCCGAGAAGGACUCACAACGUCCUCCCAGUGUGCUUUUGGCGGAAGGAGAGAGGAACGCGUCGCUGCUUCUCGGCACGCUGAGGAAGUACACCGUAUACUCGCUGCAGGUGUCGGCGUUCACGAGGAUGGGCGACGGACCCCCCAGCAGCCCCGUGCUACUGAGAACCAAAGAAGACGUCCCAGGACCCCCUGUCAGGGUGGUGUUCCCAGAUGUCCGCCUGUCAUCGGCCAGGGUGGUGUGGGAGCCUCCCACAAACCCCAACGGCAUCAUAUUAGGCUACCAAAUCGCCUACCGCUUGGAGCACAGGGACAGUCAGCAGUGGACCACGGUGGAGGUGGGGUCCAACGGACGCCAGUUCACCGUCACCGGACUCACCUCGGAGCAGACCUACGUGUUCCGGCUGAUGGCUCGCACCGCAGUGGGUUGGGGCCAGGAACACGUCGCCCUGGUGGUCACCACGGAGCGAAGAGAGCGUCCCCAGCCUCCCAGGAAGUUGGCAGUUCCUCAAGAUGGCGUUGAAGCACGUCGGCUCCGCCUUCAUUGGGUGACUGGCAGCUCAGGCUCCUCCCCCGUGAGAUACCUCACCGUGCAAAUCAAAGAGCUGCCGGAUGGCGAUUGGAUCACAAAUAUGGCGGAUAUCCCGCACAACCUGACUUCCUGGACCGUUGACGGGUUGAAGCCGUUCACCUCGUACAGGCUGCGAAUGGUGGCCACCAACGACAUCGGAAACAGCGUCCUCAGUAAGGAGACGGAUGCGGUCACAACUUUACAAGACGCUCCUGAGGAGCCUCCUGAGAUCCUCACAGUCAAACCAUCAACAACUACCUCCGUCAUGGUCCAGUGGAAGCGGCCCAGCGACCAACGCAUCAACGGGGUGCUGACGGGGUACCGGCUGUAUUAUCGAGAGCUGCCAGCCAACUCGACUUCCUCUGCCAAUGUGCUCCGGGGAAGCAAAAGCACAACGGACGCCCACAUUACAACCAAAAGCACCUUCAAGACGGUCAGCAGCUUCUCGCUGACAGAGUUCGAGUUGACACAACUGAAGAAGUUCAAGCGCUACCAAAUAGUCAUGACCAGCUACAACAUCGUGGGCGAGAGUCCUCCAUCUGAACCCGUCGAGGUGUCCGUCGGAGAGGCAGCUCCAUCAGUGGCGCCCCAGUCCAUCCGAGUGUCGGCCGUGUCGUCCUCCAGCCUGGAAGUCAGCUGGGACAUGCCCCCCCUGGAGACACAGAAUGGACUCAUCCAAGGAUACAAGGUGCACUACUGGCAGAAGAAUAAACAGAACCAGACGGAGAAGGUGAAGGUGAUUUUUGUCCCGGACACACGAAUGCACUUGAGCAACCUGAGUAGCUACACGCAUUAUCUGGUCACUCUCACCGCCUUCAACACGGCCGGCGACGGACCGCCGAGCGACCCUCGCGGUGCACAGACAAUGCAGUCGGCCCCCAGCCAGCCUAGCUACCUUUCUUUCUCCGAGGUGACUGGAGGAAGCGUCAACGUCUCCUGGGGGGCUCCUUUAACUCCUAAUGGCCUGCUGGAGGGCUACCAGGUCAUCUACCAGCCCACCGCUCCGGUGCAAGGUGUCAGCAAAGUGGUGACGGUGGACGUGAAGGGCAGCUGGCAGAGAUGGUUGAAGGUUCGAGAUCUGGUGAAAGGAGUCACGUACACGUUCACUGUCUAUGCACUCACCGUCAGCUACGGACCCCCAAUUAGUGCAAACCUCACUGCAGAGCCCGUCCAAGGCUCACCCGGGUCGCCCAUGGAGAUCUCCAUCACCAAGGCAUCCUCCGCCCUCACCAUCCACUGGGCAGAGGGCGACAGCGGGGCGGCGCCCAUCAGCGGCUACGUGAUCGAGUCCCGUCCCUCAGACGAGGGCGUGUGGGACUCGUUCAUCCGACUGCUGUCUCCCGGCACCAGGUCCGUAUCGAUCCCACUGGAGCGCCUGCGACCCGGGAUCAGCUACGAGUUCCGGGUCAUCGCCGUCAACCGCUUUGGCUUCGGACAACCCAGCACGCCCUCCGCAGCACUCGCUGCCUUGUCCGAGCGUCCUUUCUACGAGGAGUGGUGGUUCCUGCUUGUCAUGGCGCUGGUGGGCCUCAUCCUUAUUCUCAUCCUGGUCUUCGCUCUGCUGCUGCAUGGCCACAGCAACAAGUACAAGGCCUGUGGCACAGGAAAGCACAUGUCUUCUAUGGAGGAAUCUGUCACCCUGGACAACGGCGGUUUCACCACAUUGGAGCUCAACAGCAGAGCGCUCACCAACACCAAGAACACUUUUCUGAAAAAGAACGGGACCAGGUCACCGCCCAGACCAAGUCCAGGCGGUCUUCACUACUCGGAUGAGGACAUCUGUAACAACUACAACGGAGCGGUUCUGACGGAGAGCACCACACUCACAGAGAAACCCACCGAAGUCUCCGAGUCAGAGCUGACGGACAGCGACUACGAGGACGAGCAGCCCAAGCAUUCAUUCGUCAACCACUACAUGAGCGACCCCACCUACUACAACUCGUGGAAGCGGCAACCCAAAGGCCUCAAAGCGCUGGGCUCGCCGUUCAGCUACGAGGAGUGUGCCGCCGCCGCCGAGUCGGAGCCGUAUUACCAGACGGUGGUCACCCAGCACAGCGCGGGCGGCGUCUACACGCCAACGGGUCAGCCGGCGCUCGCCCACGCCAACCCCAACCCCAACCCGCCCGGCUCGCGCACGCCCGUGACCGGAUUCUCCUCCUUUGUGUGA